AUGACUGAAUACAAAUUAGUUAUUGUUGGUGGUGGUGGUGUCGGUAAGUCCGCUCUUACCAUUCAAUUGAUCCAAAACCACUUUAUCGAUGAGUAUGAUCCCACCAUUGAAGAUUCAUACCGUAAGCAAGUCACCAUCGACGACGAGACCUGUCUCCUUGAUAUCCUCGAUACUGCCGGUCAAGAGGAAUACUCUGCCAUGCGUGACCAAUACAUGAGAACCGGUCAAGGUUUCCUAUGCGUCUACGCCAUCACCUCUAGAUCAUCCUUUGAUGAAAUUGCCGCCUUCCGUGAGCAAAUCCUCCGUGUCAAGGACAAGGACAGAGUCCCAAUGAUCGUUGUUGGUAACAAGUGCGAUUUGGAGUCUGAGCGUCAAGUCACCACUGGUGAAGGUCAAGACCUUGCCAAGUCAUUCGGAUGCCCAUUCCUCGAAACCUCUGCCAAGAUCCGUGUCAAUGUCGAAGAGGCUUUCUACUCUUUGGUCCGUGAAAUCAGAAAGGAUCUCAAGGGUGACUCCAAGCCAGAAAAGAGCAAAAAGAAGAAGAACUUGCUUUCAUCUUGCACUCUCCUCUAA